AUGGCUGCGCAUACCGAGAGCGCGCAGCUAGCCAGUCGGCUCGAUGGAUUGGUCAUGGUCAUCCCGGACCUGCGCCGGAUGGUCAGCCACUGGCCGUCUGGAAAGAAUGCUCAUGCCUCCGAGGUUGAGGGGUUGAUUCGAAAACUACUGGAGCAGAGCGAUGCGUCACCGAAAGACAAGGCCAAUGUCCUAGAAGCAAAUCCGGCUCUCUUAGCUUCAUGCCUCUGGCCCAACGCAACAAGAGAAAGACUUGGCACCUUGACGCUCAUGGUGCUCUGGCAGGGCAGACUCGAUGACCAUAUCGAAAGCCUCGAGUACAAGAGCGCGGAAAAGGCCAAAGACUUUCGCAACAAGGCCAAGGACUACAUUGCGCAGUAUCUCCAGCUUUCCGAGGGGCCCAAGGAGGCGUCAACGAACCCCGUCAUUGCGGGGUUCCAGCCGGUUGCCAAAGUCAUUUGCCAGCAGUACGACCGAGAUCAGCGGAGAAGGUUAAGGGUUAGUCUAUUCGAGUACAUUGACUCGACCGUGCAAGAGAUGCGGUACAUCCAGAGCGGACACGCGCCGACGACUUUAUCGUAUGAGAAGCUUCGCAAGAAGACCGGGGGCGCUGGCCCUCUGUGCGCCUUGGUAGAGUUCGCCUCUGGAUCAGAGUGGCCGGCGCACGUCGUCAACUCGCAGCCGUAUAAGAUGAUCCUGGAGUCGGUCAGCAUUAUCAUUGGCCUGACGAAUGACUUGCUCUCGCUGAACAAAGAGUUGCGGAAAGGCCGGACUCUCAACGCGGUGCCGGUGCGGUACUGGAAUGGCAAAGACGGCAGUGACUUGGAGAGUGCUGUCGGAGAAGUCGUAGAAGAGAUUGACAAGGCCGUUAAGCAGCUCGACGUCUGCGAGCGAAGAUUGAUCAACCAGAACCUGGCGGAUGCGGACGCGAUUCAGGAGGUGACUGCGACGCUCAAGACGAUUUGCACUGGCAACUUGACUUGGAGUCUUGAGUCAAAACGGUAUAACGUAGGUCCUCCGGACGCCGACGGAAGUCUGAGGCAGGAAUUGAGGGCUCCCGAUGCAUGA